AUGACGGCGGGCCCGGUGGGCGCGGGCGGCGGCGGGGCCCGCGAGGGGGCCCGGGUGGCCGCGCUGUGCCUGCUGUGGUACGCCCUGAGCGCCGGCGGGAACGUGGUCAACAAGAUCAUCCUGAGCGGGUUCCCGUUCCCGGUGACGGUGUCCCUGUGCCACAUCCUGGCGCUGUGCGCCGGGCUGCCGCCGCUGCUGCGGGCCUGGCGCAUCCCGCCCGCCCGGGGCUCCGGGCCCGACCCGCUCCCGCCGGGCUUCUACCCGCGCUACGUGCUGCCCCUGGCCUUCGGCAAGUACUUCGCCUCCGUGUCGGCCCACUUCAGCAUCUGGAAGGUGCCGGUGUCCUACGCGCACACGGUGAAGGCGACGAUGCCCAUCUGGGUGGUGCUCCUGUCCCGGAUCAUUAUGAAGGAGAAGCAGAGCACGAAGGUUUAUUUAUCCUUAAUUCCUAUCAUCAGUGGUGUCCUGCUGGCUACAGUCACUGAGUUGUCUUUUGAUAUGUGGGGUCUCAUCAGUGCUCUGGCAGCAACACUCUGUUUCUCACUUCAAAACAUAUUCUCCAAAAAGGUAUUGAGAGAUUCCCGGAUCCAUCACCUUCGGUUGCUGAACAUCCUGGGUUGCCAUGCUAUCUUCUUUAUGAUCCCAACAUGGGUUUUGGUGGACCUUUCUUCUUUCCUAGUAGAGAAUGACCUGAAUUCAAUAUCCCAGUGGCCGUGGACAUUAAUGCUGCUGGCAAUCAGUGGAUUCUGUAACUUUGCCCAGAAUGUCAUUGCCUUCAGUAUUCUGAAUUUGAUCAGCCCUCUGAGUUACUCUGUGGCAAAUGCCACCAAAAGGAUCAUGGUCAUCACGGUUUCCCUCAUUAUGCUACGCAACCCAGUCACCAGCACCAACGUUCUGGGCAUGAUGACGGCCAUCCUGGGGGUCUUCUUGUACAAUAAGACAAAAUAUGAUGCAAACCAAGAAGCAAAGAAGCAGCUUCUCCCCGUUACAGCUGGGGACCUCGUGAACCUGGAACAUCAUCGGAACAUACCUGAAAAAUCUCAAAAUGGAAUUCUUUUCCCCCAACAUGGAGACUAUCAGUAUGGCCGAACCAGUGUCUUAACAGAUCACUUCCAGUACAAUAGGCAGAACUAUCCAAACACGUACAGCUUAAAUCGAUAUGACGUCUAAGAUCAUAGAGAACAGAGAGAGACUGUUUUGAGGUUCCUUCCCCCCCCGCUCCCGCCCCCCAGCCUCAGCAGUAUCAGAAAUUUCUGGCUCGCCAGUGAAUGUAAAAAAAACAAAAAGCCGUGAUUGCGCAUCUUCUGGAGUUGGGAAGAUGCAUGAUCAUCAGAGGUACAGGUGUUCUCUUCCACCAAACAUAUUCUUAUGCAUGGAGCAAAUAAUGUAAUCUGUCUGGAACAGGGAUUGUACCAGUGUCGCAAGAGGCGUAGAAUCGGGUAAAAGGUAAACUUAAAAAAAACUUCGGCAUGGAUAUCCACGUUGCGGUAUUUCCUCUGAGAGCCUGUUUUCUGAGGAUCGUGUGGCUAGGAAGACGGUGGCCAGUGUUACCUCUCUGACCUUGACUGGCCUGACUGUACAGAUUUUUAAGUUCUCCCCUUUGUGUUGCUAUCUAAAAUCCCCGAGAAAAACUGAAAUGAACUUCCCCAGUUAGCGUUAAGUUCUUCCUCUUACUAUGCACCAGCCCUGUGCUCAGCAUUUAGCAGUAGAAAUUUGAAUUUCACUUCACAGCAUCUGGAGGAAUUGAUGACAGUCUAUUACCUAUGGCAUAUACACAAAAAAAUCUUCUGAUCUUUAUAGUCUUAAUUAACGGUAGUCCUUUUACAAGUCAGAAUAUUCCCCGGUAACGGAAAGAAGCCAUUAGAAAAUGGUUAUCCAGUUCACUUUCACUGGGAUUUGCUUCCUCUCUGUCGUGAAAUUCGAUCACACUUGGUUCCCUUGUGAUCCACGUCCCCGACGAGCCCCACGUUAAGGGAAACAUGCGUCGGAGUAUGCGCAAAUGACCUCACAUGGGGUUCUCUCCAGACAGAUGCGUACUGUUGAAAGAACGUUCCCCAAGUCGCCAACAGUGUUUUAGUCAAAAUGCAUAGAGAAAAUAUACAGUAUGGAAGAACUAAGGGUAUUGACGGGUUCACUAGGGAGGAAAUCAGGCGGGCAGAGGACGCCGAGUGACUCAUGAGAAGGAUUUUGCACUUUUCUAUAAUGAUAAUUAUGGUAUUUAUUAAAAGCUUAGUCUCUGCUAAGCACCAAAGUGGAUACCGGGUAAUCGGAUUAGAGGCAGCCCCUGUCCCAGUUAGGAAGAGCAGGUGUCUUAGUACCAUUUUAUUGAUGAGGAAACUGAGGCACAGAGAGGUUAAGAGACUUGCCCAAAGUCACACAGCAGGCCAGUGGCAGACCUGGGAUCAGAACCCAGGUCUCCUGACACCCAGGCUCCGGCUAUACUGCCCACCUACCCUCUACCACUCCUGAUGGUGUCCGAACCCCUUUGAAUCGAGAUGUUUUUAAACAGUUGAUUUUAUUCUACUUUUGUCUGCCUCACUGACGUUUCUAUGUAAAGUUACAGUUUGUUAUGCAUCACGUCUUUUAAUUUCAGACCGAUUUACUGUAAUCAUCGAACGAAAUAAAUUAACCGAGAAUGUUUCAAAAGCCCUGGGCUUCCUUAGUAUAUAAACCAUGACGAUAUUUGCAUUUGGCCUAAAGGUGAAUUUUCAAGAACUGUACAUUUCUGGGUCUUGUGAUCACAUCUAGGCAUCCAAAUAUAAGAUUUCUGGGCCGUUUGAUUUCUAAAUAAUUAGAGCAAAAGCGAGUCUAACUUCUCACAGCAGCAUUAUCGGAUUUGUUAGAUGAUAGUUAUAGGGGAAGAGGAGCAUGAUUUCUGGAAGAAGCUUUUUUUUUUUCCUUGGAUGUGGUCAUGAGGUUGGAACUACCCCCCCCCCCCUUUUCUCUUUUUUGGUAAUAAUGGAUCAUUUCCCUUUCCCAUCCAUCCUAUGAUGUGUAAAGAAAUGAGGCUAGGUUUUUUUUCCUUUAAAUUCUAAGUGCCAGGCUAUCCCAAUUAAAAUUAUUUUUACUCACUGGCUGAUUGAAAUUGGCUGUUAAGUCCUAAAGAGCUUGUUUUCCCCUAUUCUAGAAUAUUUGUUUGGCAUAGGUGUCUGAUCGGGAUGUACGAUGAGGCCUCACUGAUAAUGGAAUGAGAUAUUCAGUUUUUUUGUAUGGGUCCUGUAAUAUUUCUUGUAAAUCUGUGUUCCCACUUUUCUGUGGUGGUAUUUUUUUAAAGCGAAGGGGAAGUAGGAAAGCAAAACGAAAACCAUUCUAGAUCGUCGGCGAGGUUAGAUUCUGAAGUUGGUAUUUUUUAGUGUGCCAGAGAGAGGACAUUACUAAGUGAAUUCUUUGUUUCACUAGCACAGUGAAAGUUCCUGGCUCUAUUUUAGUUUCCAAGGACAUUACUCAAAUUCUAAAAUGAUUGUAUCUGCAUUCAACAAAAAUGAAGUUUCUGAUCUUGCAGUUUAUCUUUUAAUUUAAAUGUUUCCUUUUGCAAUGAGAGAUCCUACUCUAAAAUGAAGCAACCGCCCGGGUUUACAAUGGUUUGUAAAUGAAUAAAUGGCAUAUUUAACUGUACAUAUGUUUAUGGCAAGUGCAUACACUGGAGUGAAAUUAGACAAUCAUGUAUGACGACAACCCUCCCGCUAGAUCAAAGGAAAGGAAAUCAUUUUCAAAGAAUAUGAGGUAGCUCAAAGUACGUGUACAUAGAACUUUAGCCAUUCAGUGAGACUCGGUUUGGUUUUUACCUACCCUAUCGUAUAUGGUAGUUUGUCUUUAUCGCCAGACAUUUACGUGAGGAAAAUGAAACUAACCCUUCGAGGAGGAAUGUUUGAUUUAGGAAGUAGCACUUAACAGCUUUUCUAAACCCACGAAAUUUUGCUAUGCAUCUAACAUAAAACCGUGAAAGAGGGAUGUUUCUCAAAAUGGCCCGUAACUGGACUUAGGACACAUCGUAGUGUAAUGGUCUUAAAUAGAAGCAUUAUUUAAAUACUUGAAAAUUUGCGGACCUGUUUUAAAUGAUGUUGCACUUGUUUCCAAGUCUGAGAUGCUUAUGAAUUGUUCUGUGAAAGUUCAUUCUUCAUGUUAUGUAUAUUUACUGAUGGCGUUUACCAAAAAAAAAUAAAUAAAUGACCAUCCAUGGGGAAA